GACCCAGCUUGCAAUAAAAAUCUAACCCUCCCCUGCCAUUAUUCUCCUUUCCUCUCUUCUUCUGCAAGAGACAACAGCAUCACUACUAGCUGCUGCUCCUAAGCUACUUAUUAGCUUCAGGAAAACAAACCCAGAAACACAAAACAGAGAAAGAACGAAGCUUUGCCCCCACUGUGUUUGUUUCCAUGGAUGCUGCGGACGAACCCAUCUCUCCUACUCCUUCCGAUCAACUUCCCCUCAACCAGCACAUCUCCAUGUAUCCCCACUUCAAGGUUAAUAGAAGGAAGUCUCGUGGCUCCAGGAUGAAGCCUAGCCAGAUCCACCACCGCCAAUCACCUGACCAACCUGACUCCAACUCUCAACUCGUUUUAUAUGAUAAUUCACCCGACUCUAAACGACAAAAGAGAGCUGCUGUGCAUGACUUCUAUGAUGGUGGUGAGGUCAAGUCAUCUUCUGCUCUCGAGCGUGCAGAACAGUUUCGAGCAAAUCUACCUGCUGAUAACCCUAGCUUUGCUAAGACAUUAGUCCGUUCCAAUGUCACCGUUGGAUUCUGGAUGCAUCUCCCAAUGAGGUUUUGCAAAUCUUACCUCCCCAAGUCCGAUACAACUGUUCUUGUCGAGAAUGAAAUUGGAGCAGAAUAUGUAAUCAAUUACAUUGCGGACAGGACAGCUUUGAGUGGUGGAUGGAAGGCCUUCUGUGCUGCACACGAGCUGAUCGAGGGCGAUGUUCUCAUCUUCCAUUUGGUCAAACCCCUAAGAUUUAAGGUGUAUGUAGUGAGAGGAAAUGUUUCUUCUCCCAAGUCCGACGAUGAUCUUCACAUCCAACAUACAGAGUCCAGUGAAAAGCGGAUUAUUUCUGCAAGAGAACCAGCUAAGCUGCCGGGAACCCAAGACAGUAAUAAAAGCUCCCUGUUGAGGCAGGAAAAUAACGACAAUAAUGAACAAGAAAAGCGUCUUGUAGCAAUCAAUUCAACAACCAAUGCCAAUUUUCAAGACCACUCCGAAAACAGCUCCGGAAACAUGGAAAUCGUCACAUGUUCUUCAGAACCCACUGCGCCUGUUGACAUAAUCGACUUCUCUGGCGGCAUAAAAGAGUUCAGUGUGGUGUUCAAUGGCACUGAGAUCGAUUCGGAGCUCUCGGACAACCACCGACAAAAAUAUUACGAAUUAUGCUGCUCCCAGAGAACAUUUCUGCAUAGGAAUCUCCUCGACAGUAUCAACUGCAAGCUGGCUGCCGAGAUCAUAAUAGGAACAGUCGACAUAGCUGAGUCCAUCAGGGCGUCCACACUAUCGAGCUCUCGCAGGGAGUAUGCUGUAUGGGAGAAGAACCUGAAAGGGUUUCAGCUGCUGGGGAUGAACGUCAGGUUCCUGUGCGAGAGGCUAGAGAAGCUGAUGAAGCUCGCAUUGGAGUCGGAAAAGGCUGUGGAGUCUGAGAGGCGGGAAGUGAAGCUGAGGCAGGAACGAGUGAGCGAGGAGAUGGAGAGCCUGGAAGUGAAGCUUAAGGAGUUGCGAGAAGCGAGGAAGAGGAUCGAUGAAGAGAUCGAGACUCUGAAAGUGACUGCAGAGAGGCAUGAAGUUGUGUUCCAGGAAGUCGUGAAUGCUCCAUGGUGAAAAGAGUUCUUUAAUGUAAUGCUGCCGUUUGAGGCAGUAGUGUACUGUAAUGUUUGUAAUGUUUUAUGCUGUAGGUGUAGGCUUUGUAGGCUUGUAUUUCUAUGUAUGGUGUUGUAUAUCAUUAAUCUGAUUAAAAGCUUGUAACUUUAUGGAUCGUUUGCCACCAUGAAUAGAGUCUAGCUGUAUGA